CUAGGAUGCGCUCGGCGUGUUCCCUAGACCUCGCGCCCACGAGAGGGACUGAAGCGGUAGAGGCCCGAGCCCUGGGAGGAUGAUAGAUCACAAGCCGCAGAUUCUACUGGCGCCGGCGCUGAGCAAUAGCAGCUGCUGGCGCAGCCAUCCCGGUGGCUUCGAGGCCCGCUGGCAGACGCCCGGCGUCGGCGAGCUCGUACGCGCCACCCUCGUCCUCCUCCUCAGCCUCGGUAUCCUCGGCGCGAACCUCCUCGUUAUCUGUGUCAUCAACAGCAGAAGGUACCACAAGUACAUUCACGCCCAGCCACGAUAUUUACUGACAAGUUUGGCGAGCAAUGACCUCGCGAUCGGCCUCCUGGUGACGCCCUUCGGCUUCGUGCCCGCCAUAUACAGCUGUUGGCCAUACGGCGAGGUGAUUUGCCAGAUCCAGGCAUUGCUACGGGGAGCUCUAACACAACAAAGUGCCGUCAUUCUCGUGUGCAUGGCAAUCGACCGCUACAUAUGCAUGCUGCACCCACACAGAUACCAUAGGCAGUCGUCGAAAAAGUAUUACAUGCGCCAGGGCUGCGUGGCCAUAAUGUCCACGACGUGGAUCGCAAGUGUGGCGAUUUUCGGCACCCUGGUCUUACCCAAGGGCGGCUAUUACUUCAACGACACCGGACUCCUCGCAUGCGAGCCAUUCUUCGCCAAGGCAUCGCUCAGGAAAUAUGUUACUCGCUAA